AUGCCGCGCCUGCGAGGGACGAGAUACCUGAGUUGCUUCUACUGCGGCAAGAGGUCCAACACCAAAUAUGAUGGCGUCACGAGCCAGUUUCUCUGCCUAUUCUGCGAUGCGACCAACUAUCUCGAUGAAAAUGGAGAGAUUACGGAUCCUCCAGUAGCCACCGAGCGAGAAGCUCCCGCAACGCAAUACGCAGUACCACGACAGUCGCCUCCCUCGUCGCCGAGGGAUAGUAUCUUUUGCUCGACAUGUCUCAAGAAUCAGCGUCUAUUUACGUCCUCACUCGCUCAAUAUCUCCCCGACGAUCCGAACCAUCCCGAUUAUCCUGAACUCGAGCGAAACUAUUACCGAUACCGAAAGGGGCUGGAGGAGCGAUAUCCUCAGGUCUGCGAUGAAUGCGCCGAGCGGGUGGAGGGUCAGAUUCGUCGGGCGGGGUACACGGCCAAGACGGAUCAUCUACGGCGAAUGAUGGAGAAGAGUCGAGGGAGGAGGGCUGAUCCAGGAAGGAAUACGGCGUUGGACUGGGCCAACAGCUUGGGGAGGGGAUUGUGGUGGGGAGGACUGGCGAUGCAGAUGCUCUGGCACAUCAAGACGCUGUCAUAUGUGCUGGAGCAUCCAGAUGAAGGAAUGUAUGACCCGGAUGACAGGAGCUGGCCGACCAUGGCAGUGGCUGCUCUAUCAUGGGCUGUUGCAUUUCUCCCACCAGCCGACACCCUGAUCAGUGGGGCAGUUACGGCGAGCAUACUAUCUGCGUGGUGGAAUCCCCAGUUUGUGCAGGUCAGCCGCGGCUUCACGAGACAUCUCCUGGGAUUCACGCAGUGGUAUUCCUUCCAGGGGCUCAUCAUCUUCUUCCGCAUCCUUUUCCGCCGGGUGCUCGAGAUGAAUGGAGGUAGGGGGCAGUCGAGGAGUGCUCAGCUGAGCGCUCAUCUGGUCAUGUCGGUUGUCAUGAUUAUGAUCUACUCUUUUGCAAGGAGGUCCAUCAGAGUUGAUACCACGCCCCUUUUUGGGAACUCCAGCGCCACCAUUUCACCGAAACCCAAGAUCACGAGAAGGAAAAAGGAGGAGCCAAAAACAUUUUCUGAGUUGUUGAACGAGGCCCUGGACUCGCCGACUCCUGCGCCCCAGCAGCGAGAUCUAUUCAGUCAACCACUUGUCAAUCCACUGCCACGGCCAUACCCUCCCAGCAACCCCGUGAGGAUGCCGGAGAGUCCUCAUACGCAAUUCAACAGCCUCAAUCUCUCUCCACAAAGGAACCAGGGGGUUCAAUACUCGGACGAGAUGGACUGGACUCCUACCGAGUCUCCAGUUCCGUCACAACACCGAGCCUUUCGUGAGGCGCCUCCUUCCAACGGCCCGAGACCGGCUUUUGGAGAAUCGCCCGUCAGCAAUGAGCAGAGCCCUUUUUGGUACAAGGUUCCCGCAGCACCGACGACUCCAUCCCAACGACUGCGAAACCCACCCAACGCGCCUGUUUUGAGGGGUAAGCCCGUCGAGCAGGAAAGCAUCUUUUUCCGGGGUGCGGCCAAGGCCCAAGCACAGAGGCAACAGGAAGAUGAGAGCGACGUUUCUUUCAAGCCGCCGAGUUUCUUUGCGCCUCAGAGGAGCAACGAUGAGGCAAAUAGCUUGGCUGACAUGUUGAGUCAGAGUUUCAGCUUGAGCCAGGAGAGCCAGCCGAGUGACGCCUCGGCACGACGACCAUCUGGGUGGACUGAAGAAAAGCCUGCUGUAGCUAUAGGGCCCAAAAUGGACAAGUUGGGCGUCGAGUUCAUGGCUCUCGCCGCUCUGCUUGUCGUGUGGGGACUCACAUUAGCUAUCCACACCCCUUUCCGUCGAGAGGUGCAACUGGCAUUGCUUUCUGCAGCUGGGACAAUCGCACUACGGGUGACGGGCGAAGCUAGUAAGGAAACAAAGGAAGAGAAAGGCCCAAGCACAGCGACGUAUGUGGGUUCUGUUCUAAGCGUCAUGGAACUGGCAGCUGUGUGCUGGCUUGGCUGGGAGGUGUGGCAGGGAACUGCAGAUGCCGGCAAGUACGGCAUCGGUGUCUUGACAGUUAUGCUCGGACAUCAGGUUUGGAGUAGCGUGGUUUGA